UUCGCACCCUCUAUAACACAUGACUCCCUCCAACACUACCUCUACCAUGCAUUUCACUUCUCCUCCACUACCACCACCACCACAACCUCAUCAUGGACUCCAACAGCAACCACACCUCAAUCCACACCGUCCAUCUUAUCAAGAGUCUCGUGUUCCAGCGAUUCCUACCGGAGAUCCAAACCCUAGAGAUCUUCCUCGCGCUGGUAAUCUUCGUAACGAUACACUCACUCAGGCAGGCGAAGACACGUGGACUGCCGGUGUGGCCGAUCGUCGGCAUGGCUCCUUCCUUAAUCAUAGGACUAAAGGGGGACAUGUACGAGUGGAUUACCGGCGUUCUCUGCCGUAUGAACGGAACAUUCACAUUCUCCGGCCCGCGGAUGAGUAGCCUGAACUGCGUCGUGACGGCAGACCCGCGUAAUCUCGAGCACCUGCUCAAAGACAAAUUCACCAAUUUCCCUAAAGGCAAGUUCUUCCGGAGUACCGUACGCGACCUACUCGGAGAUGGAAUCUUCAAUGCCGAUGACGACACGUGGCGGCAUCAGAGGAAGACAGCGAGUAUCGAGUUCCACUCGGCCGAGUUCCGUAACUUAACCGCCGAAUCCCUACUCGAGCUUGUCCACGCACGCCUCCUGCCCGUACUAGAGAGCUCCGCCGACUCCGGCGUUGCUCUCAAUUUGCAGGAUUUGCUUCUACGGCUGACAUUCGACAACGUGUGCAUGAUCGCUUUUGGAGUGGACCCUGGCUGCCUAAGCCCUGGCCUGCCGGAAAUUCCCUUCGCACGUGCAUUCGAGGACGCGACGGAGGCGACUGUUAGAAGGUUUGUUACACCGACGAUCUUGUGGAAAACCUUGCGAUUUCUCGACAUGGGAAUCGAGAGGAAUCUCAGACAAUCAAUCCAACGUGUCGAUGAGUUCGCUGACGAGGUUAUACGUACAAGGAAGAAAGAGCUGUUGUUGGAAUCGUCUAGCAAGCGAUCGGAUCUUCUGACCAUCUUCAUGAGGUUGAAGGACGAUGAUGGGAAGCCGUUCUCGGAUAAGUUCUUGAGGGACAUUUGCGUAAAUUUCAUACUGGCCGGGCGGGACACCUCGUCGGUGGCGCUGGCUUGGUUUUUCUGGCUGCUUGACCGGAAUCCGGCUGUUGAAGAGCGGAUUCUAGAGGAGGUACGACGCAUUAUUGGAGAGAGAGCAUAUUCCAGCGACGUAAAGGGGAAUAUUCCGGUGGUGUUUAAGCCAGAUGAAGUGAAGAGGAUGGAGUACUUGCAGGCGGCUCUGUCCGAGUCUUUGAGGUUGUAUCCUUCGGUGCCCGUGGAUCACAAGGAGGUCGUUGAAGAUGAUGUUUUCCCCGACGGAACGGUGUUAAAGAAAGGAACAAAGAUCAUCUACGCCAUCUACUCAAUGGGGCGGAUGGAGAGCAUAUGGGGGGACGAUUGCAGAGAAUUCAAACCAGAGAGAUGGUUGAGAGAUGGAAAAUUCAUGAGCGAAUCAGCAUAUAAAUUCACAGCGUUCAAUGGCGGGCCGCGCCUGUGCUUGGGGAAGGAUUUUGCUUAUUAUCAGAUGAAAUUCGCUGCCGCUUCGAUCAUUUACCGUUACCAUGUGAAGGUGGUGGAGAACUUCCCAGUUGCACCCAAGCUAUCAUUGACAAUGUACAUGAAGCAUGGAUUGAAGGUCACGGUUCAACGGCGAGAUGGAUCAAUGAGUGGGCCCUAGUACUACUGUUCGAUGAAAUGUCAAUGGACGGUGUGAUCUAUUUUUAUUUUUGUUUUUAUGUUACUUUUUAUUAAAUGUUUGGGCUAUAUAUAAAUUAGUUGGAUUUAUUAUGAAUAAAAUUAAAGAGUGCAAUUAGGUGAUUGUUAAGUAA